AUGGCAGUGCCGAAUGCCUCGGAAGCAAUCCCAGUCAUUAAUGACUUAGUUCAGCACAAAAGACUUGACCUGGUUGUGUACACGCAGGAUUGGCAUCCAGGAAAUCACAUUUCCUUCAUUAACCACGCGCAGGAUCCAGACAGAAAAAUCAAGAACCACCCAGGAGAAGUGAAGAACACGACAGGUGCAGAGCUAGAUAAACGCCUGAAACUGCCGAAAGGUUACCACAUCGUAAGGAAAGGAUAUGAAACCUAUGUUGAUUCAUAUUCUGCUUUUGGUGACAAUAAUGGAAGACGACUAAAGGAUCUUGAAGAUUUGCUUCAUAAUGAAGGCAUCGAAGUAGUUCUUGGCGCUGGACUCGCAUAUGAUAUCUGUGUCCGUCAUACUCUUGAAGACGCAAGUUUACUACGUUUUUUUAGUGGUAUCGUAACUGACGCC